AUGUUUAACAUAGCAAAUAUCGUACAAAUAACACUGCCCGUGAAUUAUUCAAAUCAAUUGUCUGAUGAUUUAUUAGAAAAUGUCCGCAUCUUUCUUGAACCAGCAAGCACUCUGUUACUGUUAAUUAUUAAUAAUAGCUUUAUGGAAAAUGUUCAUCAUGCCCAAUACAUUCUCCCGCAAGGCCGAACAAAAUGGUGGAAUCCAAGUGAAAAUGCUGAGAAAGAAGAGGAAGACGAGGACGAGGACGAAGAAGAAAUGAAAGCCGAAACAGAAGAAAUCGAACCCGAACAAGGUCCACCACUUCUAACACCCAUUGGUGCUGAUGCUGAAAUUGAAAGCAUAAAAGCAUGGACGGCCAAAAUCUCUUCAAGUCUUAUUCCACAGUAUGCAUGUGCAUUCCUUCGAUCGAAUCUUUGGCCCGGCGCGUAUGCAUUCUCUCGUGGAAUGGCUUGGGAAAAUAUCUACGUUGGUUAUGGACACAAAUACGUAACAACCGACUAUGGACCGGAAUUGCCACCAUUGCCAGCUAAUGAAUAUAAUGAUGGACCAGAAAUUGUUGAAGCCGAUGAUCCAUUGCCAGAAGAUGAAGCGAAAGCAAAGGCAGCCGAAGAACAAAAAGCUGAAGAAGAAGAGGAGGAGGAAGAGGAAGAAGAAGGAAAUGGUGAUGACGAAGACGAUUAA